AUGAGCAACAAGCGCAUCAAGGGCAUCUCAAUCCAUCGACCAGUCAUCUACGGCAACACCGCCGUCUUGCUCAAACCUGGCGAACCUGCUCCCACAGGACACACGCACCGAUGGACAGUCGGCCUCAGAUCCGCCGCUUCUCCCCUCCCUGCAUCCACGAGCUCGUCGCGCGGUCAGGGCCCAAGCUCAGGGCAGGCGAUAGGAGGUUGCGACGAUCUCUCUUACUUUAUCAAGAAAGUCACCUUUAAGCUCCACGACACUUAUGCUAACCCGACGAGAAGCAUCGAUAGACCGCCCUUUGAGGUCACAGAGACGGGAUGGGGCCAGUUUGAGGUGCUCAUCAAAGUCUACUUUGUCCCCGAAUCAUCAGAGAAACCUCUGUCGCUCUAUCACGAGAUCCGCCUCCAUCCAUGGACGGCAGUGCCUUCGCUCACAGCAGACGAAGCUACGCCCAACGCCUCGACCUACUGGCGUGACGGAUUAGCACUCGUCAAGCUGCCGGGCGAUUCAGGCAAAGAAGCCGUUCUGUCGCCUAUCCAUUCGUGGCAAUAUGACGAGAUUGUCUUCCAAGAUCCAACAGAAGCGCUAUACAAUAUCAUGACAGAGACCGCGCCUACGCCUCUGCCCAAGACCUCGAGAUUACCUCCCAGUAUGGAGCAAGGUCUACCCCUUGGCGUGGGCGGCAAUAUUGGCGAGCUCACUCUCGACACGGAAGCCAAGGAAGCUGCAAAGCUAGAAGAAGCCCGCAAGACCGUCUUGACCGAUCUGGAAGAGCUCAGAGCGACGCUGAUCGAGCAAGAGAAAGAGCUCGCCGAUCUGCGCAGAGAACAUCAGUCGCUGCCAGCUCGCCGACGCAGAUCUGCCGGCCUACUCGAAUCCUGCGCUUCAGCGUCGAGCUCGUCUUAUGCGCAUUCUGCGGGAUCUGCUACUCGACCUGCGUCAGCACCGGACGACAGCCAGACGGGUGUUCGCGACGGCGUCACGUUGGCAACAAAGUCGGAGCUCUGCUCAUGCCGCCAAUGA